AUGGUGACUGUACUCCCUCCUAUUUACCACAGCAGUUGUUUGCGACACGCUGCAGUCUCCGGUCUCCUUCUUUCCUGGAAGUUAAAAGUUUCUUCCUUCCAUUUAUCUACCAGGUAUGAUUAUGUUGAAGUGAUUGAUGGAGAUAAUGCUGAAGGACGCUUGUGGGGAAAGUACUGUGGAAAAAUUGCUCCUCCUCCUUUAGUGUCUUCAGGACCAUAUCUUUUUAUUAAAUUUGUUUCCGACUAUGAGACUCAUGGAGCAGGAUUUUCUAUCCGUUAUGAAGUUUUCAAAAGAGGACCUGAAUGUUCCAGAAACUUUACUUCAUCAAGUGGAGUGAUAAAGUCUCCUGGUUUCCCUGAAAAAUAUCCCAAUGGCCUUGAAUGCACUUAUAUUAUCUUUGCACCAAAGAUGUCUGAGAUUAUACUGGAAUUUGAAAGCUUUGAACUAGAACCUGAUUCAAAUACUCCAGGGGGAGCGUUCUGUCGCUAUGACCGAUUGGAAAUCUGGGAUGGAUUCCCUGAUGCUGGCCCGCACAUAGGACGUUAUUGUGGGCAGAACAACCCAGGCCGCGUUCGCUCAUCAACAGGGAUUCUUUCAAUGGUAUUUUACACCGACAGUGCAAUAGCAAAAGAGGGAUUCUCAGCAAACUACAGUGUGUCACAGAGCAGCAUAUCAGAAGAUUUCCAGUGCAUGGAACCACUAGGUAUGGAGUCAGGAGAAAUUCACUCUGACCAAAUCACUGUCUCCUCCCAGUACAGCACUAUCUGGUCUUCAGAAAGGUCCCGACUAAAUUACCCUGAAAAUGGAUGGACCCCAGGGGAAGAUUCUAACAGAGAAUGGAUACAGGUAGACCUAGGCCUUCUCCGCUUCGUUUCUGGAAUCGGCACCCAAGGAGCCAUCUCAAAAGAAACAAAGAAAGAAUAUUACCUGAAAACAUACCGUGUGGAUGUCAGCUCCAACGGAGAGGACUGGAUUACUCUUAAGGAGGGAAACAAAGCCAUUGUAUUUCAAGGGAACAGCAAUCCUACUGACGUUGUUUACAGACCUUUUGCCAAGCCAGUUUUAACACGUUUUGUACGAAUUAGACCACUGUCUUGGGAAAAUGGAGUAUCACUGAGAUUUGAAGUUUAUGGUUGCAAAAUAACCGAUUAUCCUUGCUCUGGGAUGCUGGGAAUGGUGUCUGGGCUCAUUCCUGACUCUCAGAUUACUGCAUCUACUCAAGUUGAUCGAAACUGGAUCCCAGAAAAUGCUCGUCUCAUAACAAGCCGUUCAGGCUGGGCACUGCCACCAACUACGCAUCCAUAUACAAACGAAUGGCUUCAGAUAGACCUUGGUGAGGAAAAAAAAGUGAGGGGUAUAGUUGUCCAAGGAGGCAAACACAGAGAAAACAAAGUGUUCAUGAAAAAAUUCAAGAUCGGCUACAGCAACAAUGGCUCAGAUUGGAAAAUGAUCAUGGAUUCCAGCAAGAAAAAGAUAAAGACUUUUGAAGGCAACACCAACUAUGAUACUCCUGAACUGAGGACUUUUGAACCUGUAUCAACUAGAUUCAUUCGUGUCUACCCUGAGAGAGCCACACACGGAGGCCUGGGACUGCGAAUGGAACUGCUGGGCUGUGAACUGGAAGCUCCUACGGCUGUCCCCACCAUUUCCGAAGGCAAACCUGUAGAUGAGUGUGAUGACGACCAGGCAAACUGUCACAGUGGAACAGGUGAUGACUACCAACUGACAGGUGGUACUACGGUGCUGAAUACUGAAAAGCCAACAGUAAUAGACAAUACUUUACAACCAGAGCUGCCAGUGUACAAUUUCAACUGUGGAUUUGGCUGGGGUUCCCACAAGACUUUGUGCCACUGGGAACAUGACAACCAAGUGGAUUUAAAAUGGGCAAUCCUGACUAGCAAAACUGGGCCUAUUCAAGAUCAUACAGGAGAUGGCAACUUCCUUUACUCGCAAGCUGACGAAAGCCAGAAAGGCAAAGUGGCCCGACUGCUGAGCCCCGUGAUUUACUCGCAGAACUCAGCCCACUGCAUGACUUUCUGGUACCACAUGUCCGGCGCCCACGUCGGCACCCUGAAGAUCAAGCUGCGAUACCAGAAGCCCGACGAAUACGACCAGGUUCUGUGGACUCUGAGCGGGCACCAGGCAAACUGCUGGAAAGAAGGACGAGUUCUUCUCCACAAGUCUGUGAAACACUAUCAGGUGGUUAUUGAAGGAGAAAUUGGAAAAGGAAAUGGAGGAAUUGCCGUGGAUGAUAUUAACAUUGACAAUCGUGUAGCACAAGAGGAUUGCAAAAAAUCAACUGAUGUGGAGAAUGAAAUAGAUGAAGAAGACCCAGAAAGUGAUCAAACAGGGUUCACACCUCCAUAUCGCACAGAUGAGGACUACGACGAUAACAUCUCCAGGAAACCAGGCAAUGUCCUGAAGACCCUAGAUCCAAUCCUCAUUACUAUCAUAGCCAUGAGUGCACUUGGGGUGCUCUUAGGAGCUAUCUGUGGAGUUGUUCUGUACUGUGCCUGUUGGCACAAUGGAAUGUCGGAGAGGAACUUGUCUGCACUGGAGAAUUACAAUUUUGAACUGGUCGAUGGUGUAAAAUUGAAAAAAGAUAAACUAAACACACAGAAUUCUUUUUCGGAAGCAUGAAGGUAUAAAGCGACUAGAGAAGUUUCAGAGAAUUGGAAUGGAAGGACAUAACUCGGUCGUGCUGGGGAACUGUUGAUCUUCUUUUACUGUACAGGCUGAAAAGUGCAUUGAUGACACUGAGCCAAGCUAUUCUCAGGAGCUUCAAUGAGUGUGUAAUGGAUAAACACGGACAACAAUCUGUGUUAACAAUCUGAAUCAUGUACAGUCUGCUUUUUCUGUUGGUUUUAUUUGAAGUAAUCAAAUGCUGGUGUUGAGACCAAGUAUGAUUGACUUAUAGUUCAUUAUGUUUUUCUUUCUCUCCCUCCCUCUCUUUUGUUUCCUUUAAUGGAUAAUUUUGAUUUUUACUGUGCAAAAUCCAAGAUGCUGUCAUAAACUGUAUUCAGUGGGGUCCUUUGGAUGGACAUGCUGUCUGUAGCUCAGUGCCCAGAAAAUGUUGGAGUAACAGCAAUUUAGUGGACUCCUGCACCUGUAUUUGUGUAUAAUUGCUCGUGUUGUGCAUAGGCAAAGAAGGGUUAGGAUGUUAUUGAAAAGUACUGCUGCAUCAGUACCAAUAUAGUGUGUCAGCUCUGUUUAUGAAG